AUGUACCGGUCUAGCUUCUCGAUUCCGAUUGGGUUUGCUCUUUUUGAAGAGUUCCCGUUUAAUUUCAGAGACGAUCUCACCACCGGAGUUAGGUACCGUAAUCUUUUUGAUAUGAUGGUUGAUGCUGUGAUUAGUGCUAUGGCUGUGAUGGGGCAUGAGAAUCUUCCGGUGAUUGUUGCGGAGACUGAACAAAAAAUGGUCUUACACAAAUCAACUAAACCAAUGGCUUAUGCGUUACUUUUGCUCCUAGCGAUUUAUACGCAUAUCCAAACCGUUGGUUCAACCACCGAAACCUCUGUCUCGCGCUCCAAUUUGAAACAUAGUUUGGUCACAAGAAGUAAAACGUUCUCUGAGAACGAUUUUCCAGUUUGGCGAAGGGAGCUUAGAAGCAGUGGUGGAGGCGGAGGAGGAGGAGGUCGUGGGGGCGGAGGCGGUAGCAGCGGAGGUCGUGGCAGUGGUAGUCGUGGUGGCGGAGGGAGUGGUAACAGCGGUACGAGCAGCAGUUCGAGUAGCGGUGACUGUCUCAAGCAUUAUGGUCUGUCCAAAAGACUAAUAUUCAUCGGUUUUCUAGGGGUUUUAGUUGUUGUAUGGUAA